AUGACAGAAUUAUGGUUGAAUCUCAAUUUUUCCCUUAAAAAGUUCAUUGUUUAUAAAGUCUAAGAUAAUAAAUAAUAAUUAUUGAUUUAAAAAAUUAUCAAGUUUUUAUGCUCUUUAUUAAUCCAAUAUACAGAUGUUGAACACAGCACUGAAUAAAUUUUGAUUACUAUGUUUUUACUCUAAAGAAUCAGCAUAUUUAUUACUAACCGUACUUUAUUCUUAUGUAAUUCCAUUGAUUACUUAUACUUCUUAAUUUAAAUAGACACUUAAAAUUAAUUAAGUGAAAAAUAAAAGAUUGCUCAAGUUUUGGAACAGGAUUUUAAACUUAAACAAAAUGAAAUGACAUUCAUUAAACAUUUUAUGAGAAAUAAAAUAUCAAGAUUGUUAUAAUCAUUUGGAUUUAACUAUUUACUUGUGUAAACAAGUUUUUUCUUUUUAAAUAAAAAUUUUCUAGAGCCCUUUUUGGAUUAUGCCAACUUUUUUAAUAGUUAGGCUUCUUUUUUCUAAGCAGGUUUUGAUAAAAUAAAAUAAUUCAAUCAAUAAUUUGAUGAAUUCGAGAGAUAAAUUAUGGAAGGGUUUUCAUCUUGUAGGAUUGAAAAAAUUAUGUUCAAAUAAAAUUAAUUAUCUUUUUAUUUCAUUCUGUGA